UUUUGCCGCAGGAACGCUGCUGACGUACGGCACAUUGACAGUUACAGCUGGACUUUUUUUGAAAACAUGUUAAACCCUUGUAAAGAGAGAGAGCCCAGGGUGAUUGAUAAUGCCCUCAUACAGAAAUGUAUCGAUUUGCAAUAUCCUGAAGGAGAGGUGGGACGUCUGCUUCGCCUAGAAGGUAUCCCCAUGGAAGAAGUGGAACAAAUCAGUUUUGACUACUUGUACAUCCUGAAGAUAGACCAUCUGUGGGUAUUGAAGUCGUUGGUGAAACUGAGCCUGAACAAUAAUUUCAUAGAAAAAAUUGAAAAUUUAGAGACCCUAGUGCAUCUUAAGGAACUGGACUUAUCCUUUAAUAAAAUUAAAAAAAUCGAAAACCUGGAUAAUUUAAUCAAACUGGAAAAAUUGAGUUUCUACGAGAACCUUAUCGAGACAGUGGAGAACAUGGAUAAGCAGAAAAAUUUAACCGUUUUCAGCAUAGGAAAAAAUCGAAUAUACGAAAAGAGCAACGUGAACUAUUUUAGGAGAUUUCCCGCCUUGACCUCGCUUAAUAUGGCUGAUAAUCCGUGCACCGAAGACGAAAUAUUUCGACUUUAUGUGGCGGCUUUCCUACCGAAUUUAUUCUAUUACGAAUAUAAAAUGAUUAAACCUGAAGAGAGGGAAAGAGGGACUGCAAUUUUCGAAGACUCCCUCAAGGUUCUACUGAGGGCCGAAGAAGAAGAGAAGGUCAAACGAGACGCCAUCGAAAAGGAAAUUUCCGAUGCGGAAAUGCACUCGAAAAUGUUCGUGGAACAUUUAAACUCGGGCAAAUUGUUCGAGGAAAUGUAUCGUAACGAUGACGAAGGAAAAGCUCUGCUCGAGAUCGGAGAAGAAGUAACCGAACUGUACGAGCACUACCAAGAGCAAUUCAAAGAACAUUGCGAGCAAAUAUUUAAAGUGGGCGAGAAGCAUUUCGCCAUUAGACAAACGGAAAUCGAGAGUUUCGAGAGGAGCGUCGAAAGGGCCAAGAAGGAAAACCAGGAAGAGAGUAUUAAGCAUAUGGAAGAGUUUAUGUCUACCAAAGAAUCGAUAUUCCAAGGGGUGAAGGAGUGCAAACUGCAGCUACACCACGACGCCAUCGCCGAGGACGUCUUUGAAGUCCAAAUCGACGAAUUCAGGAUAUCAUUUCAGGAAUCAAUGCAUAAAACGUGGAAGAACUUAAUGAGGUUAGAAGUAACACUGUUCGAGCAAAUUGAAGAAGUAAACCAAACUUACGGUCAAAUAAUGGGAGAAAUGAUAAACACAUUUAUAGAGGAGGUUCAGGGAAUAUUCACGAACAUACGGGCCAUAGAAGUGACAUUUUCCGAGAACCUAAGCGAUGCCGCCGUUAGAUAUAUGACCGCGAUUAAUAUUAAUCCUGACGAGGAACUACCGGAAUCUCUUGAAGAUAUUUUAUAUGACAGGGAUACUUUGACUAAUGCUAUGGCGGCAACCCACGAUUCCCAUAUGCAGGCGAUAGAUGGCAGAGAAGACGUUUUGGUACAUAGAGCUAGAGGGUGGUUAGACAACAUGCUAACCGACAUGACCAAGCAUGAAAUAAAGAGAAACCGAUACAAGAUCUUGGAGAUAAAUCAUUUCUUGGAUAUACAGAGGGAAGAGUUCGAGGAUCUUACUACGGACUCUAUUGACUUACCGGAAGAUGACUAUUAUGGAUUUUAAUGUACAACACUUGUGUUAUUCAAUAAAUCUUAAACAUAAAUAAUA